AUGGAGGACCAGAAGAACAGGCCCCAUCGGGCGGCCAAGGAUAAGAAGAAGCAUACUGGAGACCGCAAUCCCAAAGCUUUUAGUUUCGCAAACCCAGGACGACUGGCGAAAACUGCUGCGCGAUCGCAUGAUAUCAAAGAAAAACGCUACCAUGUCCCCCAAAUCGAUCGCAUCCCCGAAGAACCCCCUCCCCGCCUCGUUACCAUCGUUGGCCCACCCGGCGUCGGAAAGACCACCCUCCUCAAAUCCCUCGUAAAACGCUAUGCCAAAGAAACGCUCUCCUUCCCUUUGGGCCCCAUAACCGUCGUAACAUCCAAGCGCCAACGCCUCACAUUCGUAGAAUGUCCCAACGAGCUCGAAGCCAUGGUCGACAUGUCCAAAGUAGCAGACAUAGUCCUGCUGAUGAUCGACGGGAAUUUUGGAUUCGAAAUGGAAACUAUGGAGUUUUUGAAUAUACUUGCGAGUAGUGGAAUGCCUGGAAAUGUUUUUGGGAUCUUGACCCAUCUGGACCUAUUUCGGAAGCCGCAGACACUCAAAGACGCGAAGAAGAGACUGAAGAUGCGGUUUUGGAGCGAAUUGUAUCAGGGCGCACAUUUGUUUUAUCUGUCAGGUGUUAUUAAUGGCCGGUAUCCGGAUCGCGAGAUUCAUAACCUGUCAAGGUUUAUUUCUGUUAUGAAGAAUCCCAGGCCGUUGAUUUGGAGGAAUUCGCAUCCGUAUACGAUUAUUGAUAGUUUUCGGGAUAUCACACAUCCCACGAAGAUCGAGGAGGACCCAAAAUGCGACAGAACAGUGGUGCUUUCAGGGUAUUUACGUGGAACGAAUUUCGCGGCGAGUGGACAGAGAGUGCAUAUACCUGGGUUGGGGGAUUGUUCGAUAGCUGCGAUGGAAGCAUUGCCAGAUCCAUGUCCAACUCCUUAUAUGGACCAGGCGGUGGCAAAAGCAAGUGGGAAGUCUGGAAGGAAACGCUUGGACGAGAAGGAAAAGAAACUGCACGCACCGAUGUCCGACAAGAGUGGAUUGAAGAUUGAUGGGGACACUAUUUGGAUUACUCGAGAGAAGGGCUUCAAUUUCGACGCAGAUGCCGAGGAUGAGGAUCGUGGCGAGGGAGAAGAGUUGAUAAUAAAUCUACAGGGAGAGAGGAGGUUACUUGGGGAAACGGGAGAGGGUGUCCGGUUAUUCAGUGGUGCUGAUGCUAUCAAGGCUAUCCCAGAAGACGCAAAUACUGGCCGAAAAGAGCCACGCUCUGCGAGAUUCGUCGACCGAGACCAAGAAUCUGACGAUGAUGGUCCUGCGAAUGACGAGGGAUUCGUGAGCGGAGAUGAACUUGCAUCAGACGACGAGGAAGAGAUCGCGGAGGAAAAGCUUGGGAAGGCCUUUCGAAAACCAGAUGACAAGAGUGAGGGAGAUGUUGCUUUUGCAGACAGUGAUUCAGAUCUUGGCUCAAUAUCUGGAGAGGAACUCGAUUCAGAUGACGAGGACCUUUCGGACGACGAAAAUGGUGGAGUGCGCUGGAAAGAGAAUAUGGUGGAAACAGCGCGGAAACUUCACGGCCAGAAGAGGUCAUAUCGAACGGCAGAUCUCGCCAAGAUGAUGUAUGACGAAUCAGUAUCUCCGGCUGAAGCUUUACAGCGAUGGAGAGGAGAGGUUGAGCAGGAGGAAGAGAAUAUCGAAGAUUCCGAUGAUGAGGAAACGUUCUUCAAGAAGUCAGGCCGCGAGAAGGAUGACGAGCACUUCGAAGACCGUGCCAUUCCAAUACUUGAUUAUGACGAGCUAGAAGCGCGUUGGUCAGUUGAGGAUAACGUCGAAGCAUUGAGACAACGGUUCGCUACCGCUGAUUUGCUAAAGGAGAAAGCUGCAAAAGGCAGCGAUAGCGACGAUAGCGACGCUGAAGAAGACGAUGAGGAUGAGGAUGAUGAAGGCGAUGGAGCAUUCCAGGAUUUGGAGACGGGUGAAGAGCACAAGGCGGACGAAAUCGAGGCUGAACGAGAGAAGAAUGCUCGUCGAAAGGAAGAGCUGAAGUUGCGAUUCGAAGAGGAAGACCCAGAAGGAUUGAACAACGACAAAGCCAAGGCGAGACGAGAAGGCGGCGAAGAAGAGGACUUUGGCGAGGACGAUUGGUAUGAUGCACAGAAAGCUCAGAUUCAGAAGCAGCUGAAUAUCAACAAAUCCGAGUUCGAUGCUCUUGAUGAAAACCAGCGAGUCAAUGUUGAAGGCUUCAGAGCAGGUCAAUACGCCAAGAUUGUUAUUGAAAACGUAGCCUCUGAAUUCGUCGAAAAAUUCGAGCCUCGAAUGCCACUCAUCGUCGGCGGAAUUUCCGCAACAGAAGAUCGAUUCGGCUUCGUCCAAGUCAGGAUCAAGCGCCACAGAUGGCACAAGAAGAUCCUAAAGACCAACGACCCCUUGAUAUUCUCUAUGGGCUGGCGAAGAUUCCAGACCAUGCCAGUCUACAGCAUAUCGGACUCGCGAACCCGAAACCGCAUGCUCAAAUAUACACCGGAGCACAUGCAUUGUUUCGGCACAUUCUACGGUCCCCUGGUCGCCCCCAACACCGGUUUCUCCUGCUACAAUUCCUUCUCCAACAAAAAUCCAGGUUUCCGCAUCGCAGCCACAGGCACAGUCCUCAAUGUCGACGAAUCCACCGAAAUCGUCAAGAAGCUCAAACUGACUGGUGUACCAUACAAGGUAUUCAAAAACACAGCGUUCAUAAAAGACAUGUUCACCACCUCACUCGAAAUCGCGAAAUUCGAAGGCGCAUCCAUCCGCACCGUUUCUGGCAUCAGGGGACAGAUCAAGCGCGCACUGAGUAAACCAGAGGGUCAUUUCAGAGCAACAUUCGAAGACAAAAUCCUCAUGAAAGACAUCGUGUUUCUACGAGCCUGGUACCCUAUAAAACCGCAUCGCUUCUACAACCCCGUUACGAACCUUAUUGGAUGGGAAGGCAUGCGUCUUACAGGUGAAGUGCGCCGUGAUCAAGGCCUCGCGACGCCGCAGGAUAAAAAUAGUCUGUAUAAACCUGUUGAGCGUGCAGUACGGCAUUUCAACCCUCUGCGUGUCCCGAGAGCGUUGGCGGCAGAAUUGCCGUUCAAGAGUCAGAUUGUGCAGACGAAAAAACAGGGCAAGGAGACGUACAUGCAGAAACGUGCUGUGGUGUUGGGAGGGGAGGAGAAAAAGGCGAGGGAGCUGAUGCAGAAGGUCAUGACGCUUAGGAAUGAGAAGGAGGCGAAGAGACGGGUUAAGAAGGAAGAGAAGAGGGAGGUUUAUAGGAAGAAGGUUGCGGAGAAUGCGGAGAUGAGAGGGGAGCGGGAGAAGAAGGAGAAGCAGGAGUAUUGGCGCAAGGAGGGCAAAAAGAGGAGAGCCGACCCUGACGGAGCUGGUGGUGGUGGUGGGAAAAGAAGGCGAUAG